AUGGGCUCUGAUCCCGAGAUGAUCCGACUGCACAUCCUAGGCGACCCCCGUGUGCGCGACGCCGUGCGACAGCGCAACCCCGAGCUGGCAGAAGUCGCGCACGACCCGCACCGAUUCCGCGAAGUAUUACUUCACCAGCAGCGACUAGAAUCUCAGAAGGAGGCAGAAAAGGAAGCCCGUAUCGCGAUGCUGAACGCCGACCCCUUCAACCCGGAGAACCAGAAAGAGAUCGAGGAGAUCAUCCGCCAGAAUGCGGUCACGGAGAACCUUCAUAAUGCCAUGGAGCAUCACCCUGAAUCAUUUGGCCGCGUGACGAUGCUGUAUAUUCCUGUUGAAGUGAACGGCCAUAAAGUUAACGCGUUUGUUGAUUCAGGCGCCCAGGUCACAAUCAUGUCUCCUGACUGCGCAAUAGCGUGCAAUAUCAUGCGCCUAGUUGACUCGCGAUACGGCGGCAUUGCAAAGGGUGUCGGCACAGCAAACAUCCUUGGCCGGGUUCACUCCGCCCAGAUCAAAAUUGGCGAGAUGUUCCUCCCUUGCUCAUUUACUGUCAUGGAGGGAAAACACAUUGAUCUCCUGCUGGGUCUCGACAUGCUCAGGCGACACCAGGCAUGCAUUGACCUUCGCCGCGGCGCGCUCAUCAUUCAGGACCAGGCAGUUCCGUUCCUGGGUGAGGCAGAGAUUCCCAAACACCUUCUUGAAGAGUUUGAGGACGAGCCUAGGAUUAAGGGUGCCGAUGGCGCAGAGGUAGGUGCGCGAACUGGCGCCGUCACUCACCAGGCUGGCGGGAGCACCCCUGCUCCUGGACCUACCGCGCCCGCAAACGUGACCGCAUCUUCGUCUCGCCCGACUCCCGCGCAGAGACCAUCACCGCGCUGGCCUGAAUCCGCAAUUGCGAAGAUCACGGAGCUUGGAUUCACACGUGAGGAAGCUACGCGUGCGCUGGAGGCAGCGAACGGAGACUUAGAAAGGGCAAUUGGGUUUCUGAUAUAA